UGGUGACCAACAGCUGCACACAGCUGCAUGACUGAGCCUGGACCCCCCUGAACGAGCGAGGAACUCUCCAUGUCAGGAACACACGAAGGCAAGGGCUCAUCUCUCGCGAGGAACGACGCCGUUAUCGGAAUCUCUACAAACAACACGAGAAUUCAUCAUUCACACGGCUGUACAGUGAAAUCAGUGUCCCAGCAGCUGCAACUUCAGUCCUCUAUCAUUGCCUUCAACCACAGUACUGCUUUGUGGUCACCUAAAUGUUGGCUGGGCUCAGAGUCCAAUGCACAGUCAUUGUGUAAAACAGAAGAAAAUAGACGAAGCCUAAAAAGGUGCCGAGGGUUGUGGUUAUGUGUGAAAAAUCUGUGAAGAAUGACUGAGCAAGAGUUGGAUGAUAUUGUGCAAAUCACAGUGGAGGACUUUAACCAGGACGCCCGUACAGACAUGCUGGACAAUCAUGAAGACGAUGAAGACAGGCCUCAGAAGAAAAGAAAGAAAUUAAGCACCACCCAGGAAAACAACAACAACAGUAAUCAAGAUAUAGCUUUUAUGAAGAACCUGUUGGUUUCAUUCACUGGAUCAGUCGGCCAGCGACUGGAGGGAAUUGAGUCAAAGCUACACUCUCUGGAUGCUACAUGUAAAGCCCUUGGACGCAAGCUAGACGGCAUGAUACCCUGUGCAAAGAGUCCUAUCCAGGUUCCUAUGGUUGCUGGAUCACCUCAAGGGGCCACUCAAACUUGGAACAAAGUGCGAUGUGUUGUCCCUCAAACAAAUGUGAUAGUGAGCAGUGAACACCCAAAAGGCUCAAGCCAGGAAGACACUCCACUGGAGAACCUGCUCAGCAACACGGUGACCAGAAGACGACAGAACACAAUCCUAGUAAAGGUGCCAGGCCCUGAAGAGAGUCAGGAGGAACAGGACAGUGGCUCAGAGGCUAGUGACACUGUUUCCAAUGGUGGUCAGUCAAGCAGUGCACAGAACGGCCAGAAUGUUACACUCAUCACACUCAAUUCAGAAGAUGAUUAUCCAGCCGGCACCUGGUUGGGAGAUGAGAACAACCCAGAGAUGCGAGUUCGUUGUGCGGUGUCUCCAGCUGACAUGCUUCACAUCAGCACAAAUUGCCGCACAGCAGAGAAAAUGGCUCUGACGUUGCUAGACUAUCUGUUCCACCGGGAGGUCCAAGCCAUGUCAAAUCUGUCUGGGCAGGGAAAACAUGGAAAGAAGCAGCUGGACCCACUCAUGAUCUAUGGCAUUCGCUGUCACUUGUUCCACAAAUUUGGCAUCUCUGAAUCAGACUGGUAUCGCAUCAAACAGAGCAUUGACUCAAAGUGUCGUACUGCCUGGAGACGCAAACAGCGUGGACAGAGUCUGGCAGUCAAGAGCUUCUCCAAACGCACACCUCGCGGUACAGUUGCAGAGGAAGGAAUCACAGAAGAAACAGCCCACAUAGAGACUGCCACCCAGCAGACCUUGCACUACACACUGGCCAAUCAGCAGGUCCAGUUCCACCGUAUUGGCGAAGAUGGACAAGUUCAGGUGAUUCCACAGGGACAGCUGCACAUUGCCCAGGUGCCACAAGGAGAGGAGGUGCAGAUCACACAGGACAGUGAGGGAAACCUCCAGAUUCACCAGGUGCAUGUUGGUCAGGACGGACAGGUGCUGCGAGGAGCUCAGCUGAUAGCUGUUGCAUCAGCUGAUGGGGGAGCGACAGCAGUGGAAGGCUCCACUCUCCCCCCUGACAUCCAAGUGCAGUACGUCCAACUAGCCCCCGUUGCAGAUCACACAACUGCAGUACAGGCUGCUGAACUGGCCCCAGCCCUGCAAGCUGACAUGGAGGUGAAAGAGGCCAUCCAGGGUGCCAUCCAUGGAGAUAAUGGCGAGGUUGUCCAGAUUGUCACCUCAGUGGCCACCUGAGAGCCCUUUUGGUUCAGCACAAACCAGAAUUCUGCUCUCCAGCACAGCCCGAUGAGUGUCAAUAAAACAUCAGAGGUCAAGAAAUGCAUAAAGCCUGACAAGCCAACAAGCUCGACGUCUUUUAACAAAUACCGAAGGUCACGGAUGAAACGAAGGAAAUUUAUUUCUGUUUUUCUUUGCAAACUGCUCAGUUGAAAAGAGCACGAUACUCCAAAAUCAACUGUGGUCCUUCUGGUGUUUUCAUCACCAGAAAGACCUGGCCCACCACAAAAUACACAGUGGGAUUAUUGUCUGUUGAGGGAGGGUGCUGCUUAUGCAGACCAUCACCCUGCCACUUCAUCAGCACAAAUGCUUGUUUACAGCAGCUCUGGAAAAUAGUGGAGUUAUUUGGACAUAAGCUACUUGGCUAACCCCAAAACCCCCAAGAGGGUUUGUAAAACCCCAGAAUCCCACCUCAAACAACCAGCACUUUGCUCUUUUUCUUGUCAUUUUUUUGUCACAGUGGACUGCAGUGGAAAGUACUUUUAGCUGAGGACAGCUACUCUUGGUUGUGAUUAAUUUGAUUUCCUGUCACUCGCCAUGAUUCAAUCCAUACUAUGUCUCCCGGCUGUGAGCCCCACCUUCCUUCACUUUGUUCAGCUUGUUUUCAUAUUGCUUCAGCCGCACAGCUUUGUUUGUUUGUUUGAUUUAUCUAAUUGUAACAUGCUGAAAUUUUUGGGGAACUUUAAUUUUGAAGGUAGAAGACCAUGAAAUAGAAGUGAUGGUGCCAGUGGUAGACAGUACAAGUGGCUUGUAGACUGCCAGGGAGACCUUGAAGUUGUUUAUUUCCCCCUGUUUUGUCUCUGUUACUAAUACAUUCAUGUGAAUAAAAAAUAUUUGUGGUGGCCAUGAAA